GAGAAACAGAAAGACCGUAGUCUGUGUAACCCUGUCCAGCAGAACAAUGAGUGGAUGCCCGUGCUUCCAGAACAGAGACGUAGAGAAGAACGAGGAGGAGAGGGAUGACUCUCAGGAGGGAACCAACAAAGCCAGUAAAGGAGGGAUCAUCUAUGGAGAAUACCUGCAGCUGGAUAAGAUUGUGGCUGCUCAAUCUCUCCAGAGUGAACUGAAAGGCAAUAAGAUUCAUGAUGAGCACCUAUUCAUAGUUACCCACCAAGCGUAUGAGUUGUGGUUUAAGCAGAUCUUGUGGGAGCUGGACUCAGUGAGGGAUAUCUUCAUAAGCGGAGAUGUGCAAAAUGGACGUAACAUGUUGAAGGUGACCACACGCACCCAGAGGAUCAUCACAAUCUUUAAACUCCUGGUCGACCAGUUUGCUAUUCUGGAGACUAUGUCUGCUAUGGACUUCUUUGACUUCAGGGAGUACCUGUCUCCAGCCUCUGGAUUCCAGAGCCUGCAGUUCCGUCUCCUGGAGAACAAGUUUGGCGUUCCCAAUGACCGGCGGGUUCCCUACAACCGGCAGCACUACCGGGACAACUUCUAUGGCCAGGACAGCGAGCUGCUGCUCCGCUCUGAGCAGGAGCCCACGCUGCUCCGGGUGGUGGAGCAAUGGCUGGAACGUACCCCAGGCCUUGAGGAGAAAGGAUUCAACUUCUGGGGAAAACUGGAGGCCAACAUCACUGAGGGACUGAAGAGGGAGAGAGAGAAACUAGAGAUGAGACCAGAGUCAGAGGACAAAGAUGAACAGAUGAAGGAUUUCAUAAAGCAGAGAGACCUGUUUACAUCCUUGUUUGAUGAGCAAAGACAUGAUGACCUGAUGAGUAAAGGUGAGCGGCGGCUCUCAUAUAAAGCUUUGCAGGGCGCUCUCAUGAUCUACUUCUACAGAGAGGAACCUCGCUUCCAGGUGCCGUUCCAGCUGCUGACCUCACUGAUGGACAUCGACUCCCUCAUGUCCAAAUGGAGAUUCCACCACGUGUGCAUGGUGCACAGGAUGAUUGGCAGUAAGAUGGGAACAGGUGGAUCCUCAGGGUACCAUUACUUGCGUUCCACAGUGAGUGACCGUUAUAAGGUGUUUGUGGACUUGUGUAACCUGGCCACCUUCCUGGUGCCGCGCGACUGGGUGCCCAAGCUCAACCCCACAGAGGACUCCUCCCCAUAACUAUUUACAUAACGUGCGCUUUUGGUUGAUAUAGCCUAACAUGCAGUGUAGCCUAUCAUUAUUGAGCCUAUGUAAAAAAAUUACAUAAACAGCAACAGAAAGCCCUUAAUCACAUCAGCCUACCCAUGACAUCGCUUAUCAAAAAGGUUAGCCUACUGCACGAAAACAACAGCGUUGAACUUUUACAACAUAGGCUAAGUUAAAAGAUGGGUUGCACAUAUGGACGUUUCAAGCUUUUCAAAAGUGCUUUGUCGUGUCGGGUUCCCCAGGAGGUUUUUUGAAAUUCUGUCUA